GCAGAAAUGAAUUUCAAGAUGGAAUUUUUAGAACCAUGUCAGAUGAGGGUGAAUGAUUUGAAUUCAAUUGAAUUACCAGAUGUUUCUAUUCCUACGUUGCUGACAGACAAUCAAAAUAUCAAUAUUAUUGUAGAUGAAGAAUUAAUGGUCAUUAAUCCGGUUGAAGCCGCAACUAUAGGUGUGCAGAGUAAGACUCUCCAAAGUAAGAUGCACGGCCUGCAAUCACAUCGUAACUUACAAAAGAUGUGCAAAAAUAUUAGAGAUAAUGCUCUAAAGGAAAAUCUUACAUUACGAUGUCUAUAUUGUAAUACUAUCACGGAUUUUUAAUUGGUCAUU